CAGCUUCCUUGAUUGUAAUGAAGCGUUCGUGUGACGCUGAGCUUGGCAGGUUAAACUGAGCAGGAAGAAGCGAUAGUUCACAGCACUUAGGAAGUAAACAUUUUCUUCUUUUUCAAACAGUCUUUGAGUUAAAUUUAAAGAGACGACGCGAAGAUGUCUGUUGCCGGACUGAGGAAACAGUUUUAUAAAGCCAGUCAGCUGAUGAGUGAGAAGGUGGGUGGUGCAGAAGGAACAAAACUGGACGAGGACUUUAAAGACCUUGAGAGGAAAGCUGACAUCACCAGUAAAGCCAUAACAGACGUACUCUCUAAGACCACAGAAUACCUGCAGCCCAACCCAGCAUCGAGAGCAAAGCUGACCAUGGUUAACACAAUGUCUAAGAUGCGUGGUCAGGUGAAAAACCCAGGAUACCCACAGGCUGAAGGACUUCUGGGAGAAUGUAUGUUGAAAUACGGGCGAGACAUGGGAGAGGAGACCAACUUUGGUGGUGCUUUAGUGGAGAUGGGAGAAGCCAUGAAGAGACUGGCAGAAAUAAAAGACUCUCUGGACAUUGACGUCAAGCAGAACUUCAUCGACCCUUUUCAAACUAUAGUUGAGAAAGACCUAAAAGACAUACAGCAUCACCUGAAGAAGCUGGAGGGCCGUCGUUUGGAUUACGACUACAAGAAGAAGCGUCAGGGAAAGAUUCCCGAUGAGGAGCUCAGACAGGCGAUGGAGAAAUUUCACGAAACAAGAGAGGUGGCAGAAACAAGCAUGCAAGACCUUCUGGAUACUGAUGUGGAGCAGGUGAGUCAGCUCGCAGCUCUGGUCGAAUCUCAGCUGCAGUUUCACAGACAGUCGAUGGAUGUCCUGGAGGAGUUGGCUCAGAAGAUGAGAGAGAGAGUAAACCAGGCUCAGUCGCAGCCCCGUCAGAAACGGAUGCCGGCGUCCAGACCCAGUUUUGAUCAUUCGGGAGCUGAAGAUUCCAAUGGAGGGUGGAGUCCUGGCGGUGCUCCGCCCUCCUACUCAACCUCAGCUGCAGCCACCUCCGUCAACAGGGCAUCUUCACGCAAAAACCGUAAUUCGUCGGAUCAGCCGUGUUGUAAGGCGCUGUACGACUUCGAGCCGGAGAAUGAUGGUGAGCUGGGAUUCAGUGAGGGCGAGAUCAUCACGCUGACCAAUCAGAUCGACGAGAACUGGUUUGAGGGAGCCGUACGUGGCCAGAAAGGAUUAUUCCCCUGUAACUAUGUAGAGGUGAUGGUCCCACUCGGACAGUGAUCAGACACAGAAGUCGUCAAGACGAGGGCAUCAGGUACAGACACACCUGGGGUAAACACAGGACUACUGCUUCACUAUGAGCACUUUGAACUUGUUAAAGAUGUCGGAGGAUACGUGUCUGGAUUAUAUUAGACCUCAGGAUAAAAUAAAGAAUUACUGUAUAGUAUGUAAAAAUUCAAUCUGUGGUAAGGGGGUUCAUUUUCCAGUCAAAUAGAUCUUUUUCAUACUAUUUCCCUAUGAGAGCUUCUGUUGGUAACUUCUGCCCUCUAGUGGUCAAAUGUGAAUACAACUAUACUUAAUGUUGGCUGGCAUUUGUCAAUUAUAGAUUAGUGGGCGUGGCCUUCUUGUUUUACUUGAUAAUACAGCUGUUUUGAACAUGUUAGGUUCAUUUUAAAAUAACUUAUACUACAGCUAGGUUUGUUACAUGUACGUUAAAUGCUUUCUGUAUAAUAAGUGUGUAUAAAUAAUAAGGACUGACCCUGUAAUGGGUUUGUUUAAGAUACACCAAACAAAAAAGCAAAGCCGAUAGACAAUGUUUAAAAAAAAUGUUUCCCUGCAUCAUUUUUUUUUAUUGAAAAUGUUAGGAUUUUUGUAGGAAAUAAUUAUUAUGUAAGGCACGGUACAUAUUAAGUAUCUGCUUAAUGAAAAUAAAACAGUCAGAAAAAGGUACAAAAGGUGUCACUGGGACGGUACCAAAUUAUCUGUCCUAAGUACACCUGUCACCUUUUACUCUUUUCUCUAGAUACUGUACUAAACUAAACCUGAUAUGUUACUGUUUUCACAGGGAUGUUAGGAAAGGGAAAUUUAAGAACCAGUACUGAUUUAGUUUCUCUUCAGGCCAGGUUUAUUGUUUAUCCUCUUAAAUCAAAAUGACCCCGCUUAAGUUUUGUCUCUCACUUAUAAAACAUACUUACACAUAGGAGAUCGAAACCUUGAGCCUUGUUUAUAAAACAGUCAUUUACGAAACAGAUUUCUGUGUACAUUGAUCAUACUGCAAACAAAGUUUUUAUGUAUAUUGUCACAUUGACUUUUAGUUUACCUCAAAAAGAAAGGAUUUAUGAAUGAUUGACAUAUAUAACUAUAUAAAUGAAUUCUGGUGUUUUAUACUGCUGUGGGUAACCAAAUGUUUACAUACUUAUAACGUUGUAUUUAAAGUCGGUUUUGUGUUCACCUUCUAUUGUAUUGAUGCUAUGCUAUAUUGUUAAUGUUACAACAGCUGCAAAUAGCAAAUAACUCACAGCAACUCUCUUUAAAUACCGAAUUUAAAUAACUCCCCAUGUUGGUCUUAAACAGACAGUGAUGUUUUUGCAAUACUUGUUGAUGAUAUCUUUGAAUAAUGUGCCAAAGGGAGAAACUGGAUCAGUUUCGAUUUGCAGGCUUUACAGGGCAGAUCCAGGUGGAGCUGAUCAAGUUUCACAUUUGUUUUUCUUCCCAAAUCGUUUUUGACAUAGUGACUGCAAUAAGACGUGUAUAGCAAAUGCUUAAAAAUAAAUGGUUCCAGUUUUAUUUUGUUUAAAGUUAUUAGUGUAAAAGCAUCAAAACAGGGCGCUUCAUGUAUUUGGUAUCACUGAGUACCGUGGUUUACCAUCAGCCCUUACUGUACUUCAAACCAGGAGGAUAAGAUUGCACCAGCACAUAUUUACUUAUGCAAUUUGUAUCCUGAAAUAAACCAGCUGUUUAAUUAGUUUGUUAUUUGCCUGACCUGCCCUGUAAAACUAUAUAACAUUGUGCCAUAUUUUCCCUAUGCUGCUUGAAAGUACUUUAUGCUUAACGUCUUACACACACCUCUGAAUGACUAAGUGCCUUACUGAUGCUUUAGAUGUUGUUUACACUACGAUUAAAUGAAUAUUUUUAUGUACGUUAGGUCUAUGGAAAAACUAUAGAGUCAGAUUAUUUGUCCCUGAUGAACAUUAUCAGACCUUAAUCUGAAAUCAGGUUCAAGAUUAAUGUUAUAGGUUAUUAGAAAGUAUUGAAUUAUUAUUAUUAAUCAGUAUUUCCUGACAUUUGAUUUAUUUCUGUUGUCCAGGGAUAAGAGAACUGUGUAUUUUUAUCUUAAUAAACAUGGAAAAAAGUG